AUGAUUAAUGGGCAAGAGACAUCCUCACUCCCAGCAGUGUCAACAAGCUCGCCACAAAAGCGGGAUCAGCGAAGUGUUUCGCCUGAAUAUAACCCUAAGGCUGGCGAAAACAGACUACGCCCGGCUGGAGACAUCAUCAAUCGCAUUACCUGGGAUUCGGCGUUUGAACGCAGCAACUAUGUCAUCGGAUUCGUGGACCGAUUUGAAGGACAAUUGGAAGUCACCAUGGGCAGUUGGAAGAAGGAGACCACCGAUGAAGAAUUCAUUCCACAGCAUCGGGUGUUAUAUAUCCGACACAUCAAUGGGGACAUUGUUUGGGAUCGAAGGAGACGUAUUGACAAGAUCUUUUUGAGUGGAAACUCGGCGUUCAGCGAAUUGGCCUUUCUUGUCUAA